AAUUAUAAUACAGAGUAUUAAAAGAACCGCUCUUUAAAGGAACUGAAUUAUCUUAGUGUAUUUUACAUCACAAGCACUCUCGGUCCGUUGGGGAGUCCGUCCCACUGUACUUGGAGAAUGCUGCCAUGCAUUAAUCAUAAAUUUCAUUCAGUUGUGCGACAGAAGUUCCCUUCUAAUGUUUUCUUCAACAUAACAAAGUCCCACGGUAACAAAAGCGCUGAGGCCAGGAUCGUUAAUUGCAAUGUGGGGAAUGCAGACCAGCUGGGGUGGGGGAUCGUGCUCAGUCAAGGUAAAAGGCAAACGGGUAAAUUGUGAAUACGCUCUUAAUCUAACUACAGCUUCUUGAAUUGUGGGAGGCGUGUGUAACAUAACGUUGUUCCACAUACCAAUAUCACUACGUAUCGGUAUCGCAAAACAAAGUUUUAAAUGUUAAGAUUCUGUCAUUCUGAAAAUCAGAGUAUUUAAGACAUUAUGUUACAUAGCGAUUUGUGGAGAUAAAUGCCCUCGGACAGUAGCGUUCAUUUCAUAUUAAGUCUCUUUAAGUCAUUGUUUUAUGUUAUGCAGGAUGAAUGUGCGAAUUUUAAUUAAUCAUCCUUUAAGGGUUAUAUGCUUACGGUGUUGUAUACUAUUCUCGGUGAACAAGUUAACUUGUAAAAGUCUGUUCCUCUAAUUAUAGAAUAAUAUAUAGAAUAAUUAUACAAGAGCUAUAAUUAUUAUGAUGUUAUUAUUUAAUUGUGUGGGCCGUGUUGCUUGAUUACAUUUGACUCUUCGGCACGUGGGACGCUGCCGGUUUGAAAGACGCAGCUUCACUUGUUUUCUGCACCAAGAUGACGAGAAACAAACGAAUUGCAAAAGCUGUCAGCUGGAGCAACGAUCGAUACUGGGCAACUUGGGACAAGUGGAUGGAAGUGAUUGACUGGGAAGAUGAGGAAGAGCUGUGCUCCCCAGCAGAAUCACCCUCUGACCAGGCUGACCGUUCCAUCGUGUCACACACCCGAAAGCCAAUUGCCAAGGCAGUUAGCUGGACGGAUGAUGUGUAUUGGGCAGCCUGGGACAAGUGGGAUGAGAUCAUCUGCUGGGGUGAAGAAGGAGAGUGCUCCCCAGCAACUCCACCCAUCAACCAGCCUGGGAGGGAUAAGGGGUUAGACAUGCAUGGGUUAGAGGUUUUUCUGUUAAAUGAAAGGACAGUCUCCAUAAAGCCUGCAGAUGACCACCAAGACAGGCUGAAAAUAGGAGCCGUAGUGGUCGACCUCUGCCAGUUUGAGCUAGAUGGUGUAAAUGAUAAAUUUGAAAUUGUCGAAAUACAAAUUGGAGAGGUCAAAUUGGAGGAGACUGCAGAGAGGGGUUUUAAUUCAGAAUUUGAAUUGGAAAUUAUGGAUGUGGAGAUAGAGGUUGUAGACAGUGAAUUCCAGCUGAAUGCUCUUAAUUGGGAAAUUGCUGGAACUAAAGUGGACAAAUUAUUAGUGGAACACCUGAACAUAAAUAAUCUAGAAGCAGGCAGUGUGAAGGUGUCCACAUCAAAUGGGAAUGUGGUAUAUGUCAAUGGUAUGUGAGUGUGUUUGGUAAUGAUGGGUGUGAAUGGUGUUGGUGUGUGUGUGUGUGUGUAUGAGAAUGGUGAUUGAAUGGUGUGUGUGAGGUAAUGGCGUGUGAGUGAAUGGUGUGUGUGAGUGACAGGUGUGUGAAUGGUG